AUGGAUUUUCAUCCAUUUACCGAGUCUGCAAACUUUGUUGAUUUACUUAACAGUCAACAAAGUGUUUCUUCAACGCAAGUUCCCUUCUUAGCUACUGAAGGCAUCGAAGAUUUGCACUUUGCUGAAGCCAGUCGUAAUAAAGAAAGAAGAACUUGGACGCCUACAGACGAUAUUGUUCUCAUCAGCUCGUGGUUAAACACGAGUAAAGAUGCAGUAAUAGGGAAUGAGCAAAGGUCGCUUGCAUUCUGGACAAGAAUUGCUGCGUACUACAAUGCUAGUCCUAAGGUUGCUGGCUGUGAAAAGAGAGAGGCAUCUCACUGCAAGAAUCGUUGGCAGAAGAUCAAUGACAUCGUUUGCAAGUUCUGCGGUGCAUAUGAAGCAGCUACCAGACAGAAAACGAGUGGGCAAAAUGAGAAUGAUGUCCUCAAGCUAGCACACGAAAUCUUCUUCACCAACCAUAACAAAAAGUUCACUCUAGAGCAUGCUUGGACAGAAUUGCGUAAUGGCCAGAAGUGGUGCGCCUUGUCUACUGCUAAAAAAGAUGGAAGCUCCAAGAAGAGGAUGUGUGAGGAUGAUUCAGAGAUGAUGGAGCAUUCUGCUACUGAUGAUGGAGGAACAAAGCGUCCUCAAGGUGUUAAGGCAGCAAAGAGAUGCAGCAAAGAAAGGAUGUCUAAGAAAACAGUGCUUGAUGGGAAUGACCUGUCUAAUUUUCAGACAAUGUGGGGCAUCAAGAAGCAAGAUUUAGACAUGAAAGAAAGGCUGUCCAAAAUGAAGUUAUUGGACAGUCUCAUUGCUAAACCCGAACCUCUUGCGGCUUAUGAAGAAGGUUUGAAGAAGAAACUCAUUGAUGAGUUAAUGUCUAAUUAG